UCGAACGGUACGUCGGUCAAAGAGGUGCAGAAAAAAAAUGUAUUUCGCUUCGGCAAUUUCACAUUCGCGUUUAAAAUGGUUCGGCAUCGUAAUUGUGGUGACCUUUAUAGUAUACUGCCUGACUCUUGAAAAUAUCGCAAUAAAUGGGAAUUUUAACAAAUCGUAUAAUUUCACGGAUCAAAUUGUGAUUGAAGAAAAUAAAAAUGAGAGCAAAAGCGAAGGAUCUGUUAGUGAAGCGUCAGCAAAGUCUAACGAAUCGCCGCAUCCAUUGUACUAUGUUUACAAUGAUCAGUGCAAAAUACCCUAUAUAGAUCCAUUCGCAAAGGAGGCUUUGGAUAUUUACAAACCGUUGACAUUUGAGACUUGCACCAAUGAAUCAGAUCUGAUUAAGCCCUAUUUCGAUCUGAACAGAAAGCGCUAUGUGCUCCAAAUCGAUGAAAAUGUUGCCGCCAAACUACUCAACUCCAGCGAUAAUGAGUACAAUUGCUACUAUCAGGAAAUUACGCGGAAUGCUCUGCACGACAGCUAUAACCACCUAUCACCACGGAUAUACUUUAGCCAGGGAUAUGUGGUGCCGUUCCAUGUUCAGGGCAUGAUUGUGGCUUGCAGCGAGGCAGCGAAUGCCACAAAUGUGUUGCAAACAGAUGCAUAUGCCUUUAUACAAUACAAAGAGCGACCAGAAACCAAGUCCGCAAAAUCGACCCGUCGAAAGCCCAGCGUUAUAAUGUUUGGCAUCGAUAGCAUGUCGAAAAUAAAUAUCAGACGCACAAUGCCCAAAGUGUUCAAAUACUUAACGAGAAGUGGCUGGCAUGAGAUGCAGGGCUAUAAUAAGGUCGCUGACAACACAUUUCCCAAUUUGAUGGCCAUACUCAGUGGGUAUACGCCGGAUACGGAGGCUACGGUUUGCGACACGAAUUUGCAUGGCUGUUUUGAUCGUUUCCCGUUCAUCUGGAAGGAUCUGCACAAAGCCGGCUAUUUGACUGCCUACGCAGAGGAUUAUUGGAGUCUGAACACCUUUAACUAUAUAAAGCCCGGUUUCUUGAAUCCACCAACGGAUUAUUAUUACAGACCGAUGAUAAGAGCCUUCGCGCAAGAAAUGGAAUCGUGGAAAUGCGCCGAUUGCUCAACAGAAUAUUGCAUCGGACGAAGGCUCCAAAGUAGCUAUGUCUAUGAUUAUGGAGCGGAGUUCACCAGACGCUAUGUGAAUGAGCGACCCAUUUGGGGUCUGUUCUGGUCGACCAGUUUCAGCCACGAUAGCUUUGAACUCCCCUCGAAAAUGGCCGACCAUAUUUUACAGUAUUUGAAGGACUUUGAGCGUGACGGCGUUUUUGAACAGAGCAUUGUGAUUUUCUUCUCUGAUCAUGGAUCACGUUUUGGGAAGUUGAUGUCCUUGGGCAGCGGAUUCUUGGAGGAGCGUUUACCCAUGAUGUUCAUCUAUUUGCCGCCCUGGUUUCGUGCCCAAUAUCCCGAAUAUGUUGAGGCCUUAAGUGUAAAUCAAAAUCAAUUGACGUCCAAUUUCGAUUUGCAUAACACUCUCAAGCACAUUAUUGAAAUAGGAGCACCAAAUGCUCCUCCAUUGCGCAAGGCAUACGAUUGUCCCAAAUGUCAAUCGUUGUUUUAUCCUGUGAAUAGAACGCGAACCUGUGCGGAUGCUGGUAUACCCGAGCACUAUUGCACCUGCAAGCCAUAUAAGAGAAUUUCAUAUGAAUGGUCAGAUCGUAUAGCUCCGCUGGUCAUUGAUCGCAUCAAUGAAUAUCUUUGGGGUCGCAAUAUGAGCAGUCUCUGUGCAAAUCUGACUUUGUCGUAUAUUCACAAGACGGAAGUGAAAAUGGGACUCGAUCUCAAUUUCCAUGAGGAACUGCCAAAAAUCGAUAUUGGCGUCUAUCGCACCAAGUUCAAAGUUAAACAAAAUAGUGCCGAUUUUUUUGCCACUGUCAUGUUUAACAAUAUCACCGGAAGCGUCGAUGUGGAUGUGGAGACAAUAAGUCGCACAAAUUCGUAUGACAAGGACUCCACCUGCAUAAAUGAUAAGAUUGCAAAACUAUAUUGCAUUUGCCUAAGUGAUAUAAAAGAUACUCAGUGGUUACUCAACUGAGCUAUCUUUUUUGUAAGAACUAACCUAACAAAUGUUUUAGCUAAUGAAAUGUUGUUUUUCCUGUUUUUUAAAGGCACUUUCAACUACACCUGUUUUGUGUUCUGAGUAAAUAUUUAGUCGUUAGUAAAUUUGUAUGAUGGAAACAAACAAGAAUUUUGUAUACGCUUUUAGAUGAUAUUAUAAUUCUAUCGUGGCGUUUGUAUUAAAGGAGUAACAACUCGUACUUUCUUAUCUGACUAAGACUCUGAAUGGAAUUUCAUAUGAAAUUAAAUUUAUUCAUGUAUUGCUUUUGAUUGGACAACUUUAUUUUGGAAAUUAUUAUAAUUGAAUUGUAUUGCAUUUAAAUUAAAGUUUCAUUUGUUUUAAGAUAUUAAAAUUCAAAAAUAA